GGACUAUGUUGAAUUGUUGAUCAAUGUUGACGAAGUUUUCUAACAACAAAUUUCUUCGAAUGACCUCAUUCAAAAUAAAAUGUCGUUCUGAUUAUUCCUAAAAUCUUAAUGUUGUGUCUGAUGACGCCUGAACAUGAACUGGUUUGAUACGUCAGGUAUUACGAGCCUCGCUAAGACUGCGCUCAAAGGUGCUCAGAAGACUAUUGAUAAGGCUUUGGACAUACAGGAUGAUAGUGAAAAUGAGGAAGAUCAGCCAUCACCAACUAACAACGAGAGCGAACGAUCAUCAGGUAAGACACAAAGUCUGCAAAAUGAAGGUGAUUUUUUCACGUCUUGGGGACUAGGGAUGAGCGCUAGUAACGAAGAAACAAUAAAUAUCCAGCCCGUCGUUACUGAAAGUCCUUCGAAAUUGAACUCGCAGAGUUUGUGGGGUUCUUUCGCCGGUUCUUUUUUCGAAACUCAGACUAAAGGUGAUAGUGCAGUCACCAUAAUUAAACCUCCCAAAGCUAAAUCUUUGAACAUUAUACCUGAUACCAAAUUUGGAAGUCAGGAUGACUUGUUUUCAAAAAGUCAACUUGUUAUGUCUGACACUGAUGGUGUGGAGACUAAACCUAAGCCUGAGGAGCCUAAAGUUGAAGACAGAAGGGGCUCUUCACGAUCUAAUGCAUUGUCAUUUAUGUCUAGUCGAAAUGAAAGUUCUGAUUCUGUCGAAGUACUAUCACAUAGCCUAAAAACUACACCAGAUUCAGAAGCAUCUGGACAGUCCAUGUCAAGUAGUAGUACAGGUCAAAAACAGAAUUCUGAAUCAGUGGAGAUUCUACCAGAUAGUUUGAUGAGCCCAAGUUCCAUAGAAUGUCUUGGAUUUGAUAGUUAUUCAAGUGAUAAAAAUAGCAGUUUAUCAUCAAAUCCAUCACCUGAUGUCAAUGACAAAAAGUCAGCGCUAGGAGAUGUAACAGAAAAGCCAGAGACAGCAGAUAGUGUAAGUCUAGUUGCUGAUGACGAUGAAGACACAAUAUCCUAUAAUUCCAUCUCUGAAUGCACAGCGCCCACUGUACUUGACACGGAUGAUAAACCAAUCAGUCCGUUUCAAAAGAAAGACACAAGGAAGCUAGUAGAAAAAGAAUUUCUAAAUGUUGAUCAUGUAACUCUGCAGAAGAUUCAGGUUUGUGAAAACUCUUCUAAUGAUGGCUCAUGUUCUGACAGAACCUUAAAUGCAGACAAUGACAGUAUCAACCUAGAAAAUAUUGAAGAGUCAAAGAAAGAUGAUCAUGAUGAUGUUUUGAUUGAGAAACUUAGUGAUUCCUCCUCAUUCUACAAUGUCAAUGUCACCAGUGACAUGACAAGAUCUGGUAGUUUCAUUAAUAUUGAGCAACAAAACUGUAGUGCAUCCCAGAGCAGUAGUUCACAGAAAGAUGUCUCCAUGAAAGAAAGAACAUCUCCAGUCAGUUCUGACAGCAAAAGUGAUCUAGUAAAAGUUGGUUCAGACAGAACUUCAGGUCACACUUCAGGAGAUGAUUUAGAAACGACUACUUCUUCAGACAUAGAAAUUAUACCAAGUCCAAAUGGUGAUGGAAAUAGCUUUAGAAAUAGCCCUGCUAAGUAUGGACUCAAACCAUUCAAAUUUGAUGGAAGUAUUUCUCCUAAUUUGGUUGACUUGGUGCUAGGCAAGUCUUUAGCCACAAAAAUAAGGGGCCACAACAGAGAACUGUCUGAGGCAUCUGUGCAAAGUAACAAUAGUGAUGACAGUCAAAAUUCUGAAAAUGAAAGGUUGAUGAGGAGGCUGUGUGAAAUGACUGAGAUAUUGGAAGCCAGAGAAAACAGACUGAUGGAAGUGAGCAGAAAUAAUGCAGAACUGGCAGAGUCUAAUGCAGAUUUAAAGACACAAGUUGAGUCUUUAAUAGCUAAGCAUGAGGGUGGAGAUAUUAAUAGUAUAACAGAAGAAUAUACACAACGGAUGUCUGCUUUAGAGAAGAAAUUCCAACAGGCCAUUAGAGAGAAGGACCAAUUAAGAAAGCAAUUAGACAACCUCAAGUCUGAAUGUAUAUCUAGGAAGAACUCAUCAGAAUUUGAAAACAUAAUAAAAGAGAAAGAUGAUGUGAUAGCCCAGCUGCAGGAGGAAGGCGAAAAGCUAUCCAAACAACAAUUACAGCAUUCCAAUAUCAUUAAAAAGCUGAGGGUUAAAGAAAAAGACAAUGAACAAGUUAUUAAGGCUCUUCGAGAUAAAAUCGCAGAGCAAACAGCAGAAAUUGAUAGGAUAAAACGAGCAAUGGCUGCCAAAGAGGAACUUGAAGUGAGCCAAAUAGAAGCUGUUUAUAGGCUCACAACGAACAAUAAGAAACUUGAGAUCGAAUUAGAUGAGACGAAGAGCGCUCUGGACGACACGACCCAGCGGCUCGAAAGCACCAGGACGUCGCUGGACGCGGCCAGGAGGGAGCUCAACGACUUGCAGCGGAACAGCGCAGAGUUGCAGCGGAGGCGCACCUUGCAGACCAAGCUGGAAGAUGAGAGGAACAUGCUGCAGGGGGAGUGCGAGCGGCUCAGGGAUGAGGUGCAGAGGCUGAGGAUUGAAAUGGUCAAUGAGGAGAAGCGCUGGGUGUCACGAGAAGAGUCCCUCCGUGUAGAAGUGCGGGAGGCGCGUGAGGCCGCGCUGGAGGCGGGGGGACAGGGGCCGGUGGGGGGGCAGGGCGCCGCGGGGGCCGUGCUGGAGCAACUCGCGCAGCUGCAGAGGGCAGCACUGGAGAGGGACAACACGCACCUUAAUGCCAUCCGAGCCAAGGACAAACAAAUCGCGGAAUUAGAGCGCCGGGUGGCGAAGGCCGAGGAACGCGAGCGACUCUCUCGCGACGAGUGCGCAGUUCGGGACAGCAGGCUGCGAGACCUCGACAGCAGGUGCGCGUAUCUGCAGGGAUUACUGGACAGUAAGAGCGGCGAAGUGGAGACCCUGAAAACGGAACACGAGGCGCAGGUAUCUGAACUGAAGAGUCACCUCGCCUCCGUCGAGAGCGCGCUGCAGCAGGCCCGCGAGGCGCUCCAACACCAGCAGGCGCAGUACGAGGCACUGCAGGGGCAGCAGCAGCCGGAGCCGGAGCCGCCGAGCCGCGGCGACGUCUCCCCCGCCUCCGCCUCGGACUCCUUAUCCAGCUCGCUGUGGCAAGCCGAGGAGGGCCGCUCCACGCCGCCGGGCGGCGCCGCGCUGUGUCUGCAGCAGGUGCUGUCGGAGCUGUCCCGGCGCGACGCGGAGCUGCAGUCCCGGCGCGAGCAGCAGCGCGGCCUGCUGGCCCAGCGCGCCGCCCUGCAGCAGCGCGUGGCCGUACUGCAGCACGCGCUCGACGACCUGCAGAGCCUGCAGGAGCAGUACGACGCCCUGCUGCAGAUGUACGGCGAGAAGGAAGAGGAGCUGGCGGAGCUGAGGCUGGACCUGCAGGACGUCACGGCGCUGUACAAGCAGCAGCUGGACGAGCUGGUGGCGCUGAAGCAGGCGCUCGCCAAGCGAUAGCGCGCACGGUCCGCGGCCCGUGAUUUGCUGACUACUUCUUAACUUCUUUUAAUCUGACAUAAAAGUAAAACGAAAAAAAAAGAAACCUUUUUCCUAUAUAUUCUUUUUACUGUUUUCGUAAUUACACAAUAAAACAUUUUCCUUGAACGGUUUCAAAGGCACAUUCGUAAUAUUGUCAGACGAUUCACUUUCUCAUUUCUAAUUCAGUUAGUGCCCCAGUGACGGCGCGUGUCGUAGAAUAAGUUACAUUAUAUUGACUUAAAUCUCUAAAUGAUCCUCGAUCGGUGCCGUUCUGUAGCUUUGCCAUUCGAUUGUAAAUUUAUCAUGUACAUAAAAAUUGAAUUCAAGUGUUAUGCCUUUUAGAUGUAAUCUUAAUUCGGCAUCAUUAUUAUUGAAUUGUGUAAAUUUUACAGGAUUACUUAUUAUUUAUGAAUCUGUUAAAAUACUUGAUAUUUUAUCGGGCGGCUUUGUAAAUAAACAUUUUAAAAGAU